AUAAACACAACUAAAUCUCAGAAGAAAUCCUAUCGAUCAACUCAGUCUCUCUCUCGACAAAUUCCUGUUCGAACUCCGAAAAAACAUCGUCGUUCUUCUGCCAAUCGAUUCACGAUGGUGUUGGCGCAGUUGGGAGGGAGCAUAUCCCGUGCCAUACAGCAGAUGAGCAACGCGACGGUGAUCGACGAGAAAGCGCUCAACGACUGCCUCAACGAGAUCACCCGCGCUCUCCUCCAGUCCGAUGUCCAGUUCAAGCUCGUUCGUGACAUGCAGACGAAUAUCAAGAAGAUUGUUAAUCUCGACGAUCUCGCUGCGGGCCACAACAAGCGCAAGAUCAUCCAACAGGCUAUUUUUAAUGAGCUUUGCAAAAUGUUAGAUCCUGGGAAGCCUUCUUUCACUCCCAAGAAAGGGAAAACAAAUGUAGUCAUGUUUGUCGGUUUACAAGGGUCUGGGAAGACCACAACAUGCACAAAAUACGCAUAUUACCACCAGAAGAAGGGUUGGAAACCAGCCCUGGUUUGCGCAGAUACAUUCAGAGCUGGUGCUUUUGAUCAGUUGAAGCAGAAUGCAACCAAAGCUAAAAUUCCCUUCUAUGGAAGCUAUACGGAGUCAGAUCCCGUUAAAAUUGCAGUUGAAGGCGUAGAAAGAUUCAAGGAUGAGAAUUGUGAUCUUAUAAUUGUUGAUACCAGUGGGCGCCACAAACAGGAAGCUUCUCUCUUUGAAGAAAUGCGUCAAGUUUCUGAAGCUACGAGACCAGAUCUUGUUAUUUUUGUUAUGGAUAGCAGUAUUGGUCAAGCUGCAUUUGAUCAAGCUCAAGCAUUCAAACAAAGUGUUGCAGUUGGCGCUGUGAUUAUUACCAAGAUGGACGGUCAUGCAAAGGGUGGUGGCGCUCUGAGUGCAGUUGCUGCAACAAAAAGCCCUGUAAUAUUUAUUGGAACUGGAGAGCAUAUGGAUGAGUUUGAAGUUUUUGAUGUUAAACCAUUUGUCAGUCGGCUCUUAGGCAUGGGCGAUCUGUCUGGAUUCAUGGACAAAAUUAAGGAAGUCGUACCUAUGGAUCAACAGCCUGAGCUUCUGCAAAAGCUCUCUGAAGGAAACUUUACCUUGAGGGUUAUGUAUGAGCAAUUCCAAAACCUACUUAAAAUGGGUCCUAUUGGCCAGGUGUUUUCGAUGCUUCCAGGAUUUAGUGCAGACUUAAUGCCAAAAGGCCAUGAAAAGGAAGGCCAAGCAAAGAUCAAACGUUACAUGACUAUGAUGGAUUCGAUGACUAACCAAGAGUUGGAUAAUUCAAACCCAAAGCUAAUGAACGAAUCAAGGAUGAUGCGGAUAGCUAGGGGGUCUGGUCGGCCAGUGAGAGAAGUGAUGGAACUGUUUGAAGAGUACAAGCGAAUCGCAAAGGCUUGGAGCAACAUGAAGGGGCUUGGUAAGAUGGCUAAGAAGGGCGAUAUGAGUUCUCUGUCCCGAAACAUGAAUGCACAACAAAUGAGCAAAGCCCUCCCCCCCCAGAUGCUGAAGCAGUUUGGUGGAAUGGGUGGGCUACAAAAUUUGAUGAAGCAAAUGGGGUCGGGUAAGGACAUGAUGGGAAUGUUUGGAGGCGGGGAUAAGUAGCACCGGACAAUUACUCCGGUAGCAAGAUCCAUUGUAUGGCGGGUUAUCGAGUAGCCUCUUUUUUCGCGAGAUAUUUUUACUUGUUCAAAUUGUCCAUAUUAUUACUAGUUUGUAACCCGGUAGAUGACACUUUUUUUUUUUUUGGACUGAGAUUCACUUAGUCCAUUUAAUGGAUUGAACUGAUGAUUUGAUCUGUUUAAA